AUGCUUUCCAAGAUGCAAUUCUUCUUGGCUUCGGCCUUCCUGGCCUCCGAGGCUGCAGCCCUCGUCGUCAACGCCCACCGUGUCAACCAUGCACACUACCACAACAAGAGGGACAUCGUUUACCAGCACACUGAUUUGGUCGUCGAAACUGUUUGGGAGACGGUCACUGUGUACGACGGCGACCAGCCUACUUCUGCUCCUCCUACUUUCUACAAGAAUGUGGCGCCCACCACGGCGAACUUGACGGCGAACUCUACCUCUAGCAUCUUGAGCUCUAGCUUCGCUUAUUCGUCCACUCUGACGACCGUUACUACGCCUGUAACCACGCCUGUGACCACGCCUGCGCCCCCGUCAACUGCUACCCCGAAGCCUACUACAUCCAGCCCUCCUGCGGAAAAGCCCGUCAAGGUCCAGGCCGUUGCUUCCGAGUACAAGACUCCUGCAGUAACAACCACGCCUGUAUCUUCCCAUGCUCCGACCUCUUCUGCCCAGUCAUCCUCUGCCGCUGCCGUCGACAACAAAUCGAGUUCCGGCUCCUCGAACUCCACCGGCAACAAGCGCGGUCUGGCUUACAACCAAGCAUCGCUCACUUCCCCCUUCAUGGGCAGUGGAUCCAAGUGCUCGUGGGCCUACAACUGGGCGCAGACACCAGACGGACUUGACGUCACUAAGAUUGACUGGUCUCCCAUGCUCUGGGGUCCCCAGGACCUGCACACCAGCACGUGGACCAAGAAUGCUGACGCCGCCAUCGCUGCGGGCGCCAAGUCCCUCCUCUCGUUCAACGAGUGCGACAACAAGGACCAAUGCGACACUGACCCGUCCACGGCUGCCCAGGAUCACAUCAGGCUGAUGAACCCUUACAGUUCCAAGGCCUCCAUCUCAUCGCCCGCCAUCACAAACAGCAACAAUGCGGGCGAGGGCGUCGACUGGCUCAAGUCUUGGAUCAAGGCAUGCAACGGCCAGUGCAAGUUCGAUUUCUGUGCCGCCCACUGGUACUCUCCCGCCGACCCUCAGAACCUGCUCUCGCACCUUGACGCUGUUCACGAGGCCUGCGAGGGCAAGCCCGUCUGGUUGACCGAGUUCGCGCCCCUUGACGGCGACGCCGACUCGUUCCUGGCUACCGUCAUGAAGGAGCUCGACACCAACCCCAAGUACAGCUACGUCGAGCGCUAUGCGUUCUUCUAUGUGACCACGCAGCCGCAAUAUACUUCGGCACGCCUGAUGAACUCCGCUACCUCGCUUAGCUCCCUCGGACAGGCUUUCGCCUACUCUUCAGCUUAG